AUGGAAUCUUACUUUCGCAACCACAGAGAAGACCAAACGACUAUUGAUAUCAUCGACCCUUCCUCUGGACUUAGUAGUCCACUCUACCCAUCCGCAAGAGAUGAUAUCUGUUAUCCAGUCGUACCGGCCAGUCGACUGCCGUUAGAUUCCCGAUGUCCCACAGACGUCGAUCUCGAUGCUUUAAAUCGUAUUAUUCACCAGGACACAGAAAAGGCAGCAAUUGGUCUGAUCCACCGAAGAAGUCUCUAUGGAGAUCCACCUGAAUCAGAGCGUUGGCAGAAUAAUGAUGAGGAUGAAACUAGACAGUGCGCUUAUUAUCACCCUGACACAGGUUUAAUCCAUGGCCGGUCUUUGUUAGAGCUUGAGGGUGGUAAAGGCUUAGAGUCACUUUUGACCAAGGAGAACUAUUGGAUAGACAUCACUUGCCCAAGCCAAGGAGAUAUGAAAACGCUUGCAAAGGUGUUCCGUAUUCACCCACUCACUACGGAGGAUAUUAUGGGCCAGGAGUCAAGAGAAAAGUGCGAUGUGUUUCGCAAUUAUAUGUUUGUGUGCUACAGAGGGUGCGUGCAGGACAAAGGACAGCUCCGGCCGUUGAGUUUUUAUCAUAUCAUAUUCCGACGCAGUAUUGUUACGAUCCAUUUUGUUCGGGGGCCUCACAUGAACAGUGUCUACCAGAGAAUUGUCCAACUCCAGGAUCACUUACUCACAGUCCCGGACUGGAUUAAUUAUGCAGUCAUGGACGAGAUUACAGAUAGUUUUGCGCCUGUAAUCCAGCAAAUAGAGGCAGAAGUAAAUUCGAUAGAAGAAGUUGUGCUCGACAGUGUAUUAGAUGCCAAUGUAGAUGCUGACAUGGUCAAUCGCAUUGGGGACUGUCGUAAGCAUGUUAUGCAGCUAUUGCGACUCCUGGGUACCAAAGCAGAUGUUUUGCGAACGCUUAUUAAGCGGUGUGAGACCAUACGAUCAGCUGAAGAUAUCUACAACUCAUCAUGGGCUAGUAAAUCUAGUCAGACGCUCGUAGGAUCGCCUGCUUUGAGACCACUGCCGAAUAACACAAGUAUGCAUCGUCGAAAGGGAUCCAGCCCUUCGCAGGUCACUCCUUUAUUCCUAGAGGAAGAUGAAGGACGCAUGUUACCAGACGUUGGUCUUUACCUGGGCGAUGUUCAAGACCACAUCCUAGCCAUGUUGCAGAACCUCAAUCAUUAUGAUACUGUUCUAGCAAGGUCUCAUUCGAACUACCUAACCCGGAUAUCAAUAGCUCUCACUCAAACAUCCAAUUCAACCAACCAAGUCAUAGGCCGUCUCACCAUCUUUGCCACUAUUCUUCUUCCUAUGAACCUGAUAACCGGUCUCUGGGGAAUGAAUGUCAAAGUACCAGGCAAGGACCACGAUGACCUCUUGUACUUUGGAUGCAUUGUCUCUAGUCUGGUCAUCUUCGCCAUCUGCUCCCUAACUCUGGCUAAACAGACUCUAAUCAUUAAAUCAACCAACCAACCAACCAACCAACAGCAGCAACAACAACUACAUAAUACAUUCGUAAAAGUCAUGAAACUUGAAAUCGCACAAGCAGUAGAGUUUCUUGGUCGACUUCUCCAACCAAAGAUGGAGAGUGACCUCUUGUUAGUAUACAAGCAGCACUUGUCACUCUCACUCCACCAACGUUUUCAAGACCACUGGGAUACUCUUCAGCCAUUGAGGGGUAAUGCUUACAGAGCAAUCUCUAAUUUCAACGGACAUCUUGAUCCCGUUCUCAUUCUUGCUGCCACUAGUGCUGCAAUCACUCCAGAGCUUAUUCACACACAUCUGCCUCGUGACUUUGUGCUUUGGAUAGACCCAUUUUCGGUAGCCUACCGAGUGGGUGAUCAUGGAAAUAUCAUGACACUUUUUGAGGACCGUUCUCGCGGAAGAUUGGGCGUGAAAGCCGAACCACCCCUUACUUUUGUCCCGAGAGUAUCGACUCCUGUCCGCAUUUCCCCACCCAAUAGUCCCAACUCCAAGCAAGAAGCAACAGAAGCGGCAACAACAGCGGUAAUUACAGCAGCAGCUGUCAAAAAGUACUCGAUUCACCAGAGCUCUCCUCUUGCUAUUCAUGCCAAGAAAGACGAACAAAAACAACUGGUGAUGGUGAACUAAAGAACAAAAAUUAACAAAGAGAAAAAAAAAAGCACACACACACAUACACACACACACACCCACACACACACAAACAAACAAAAGGAACUGUAAAGAAACCCCAAUCUUCCCAAUAUUCACCACCCUCUCCCUCCUCCUUCACCACCUCUCUUCCAAAAGAAGAAGAAGAAGACGAAGAAAGCAUAAGGAAAGAACUGUUGAAAAAAUAUAUAUAGAAAUACUUCUUCUAUUUCUUCAUCUUUCUCUCUUCAUUUCAUUCUUUCUUCCAUUCUUUCCUUCAUUCUUUACCUCUUUAUCUCCCUUCUUUAUAGGUUAUUCUUUUAGUAUUUUUUUUAACAUUGCAUUUUUUUCUACAUUCUCAAUCCCAACCUCUUUCCCUCCCCAAAUUUCUUUUUAUAGCUUCUUAUUAUUUUGUGUAAAUCCUUAUUCUGUUUCUGUUUUUUCAUCAUCUCUUAAUCAAGCUUUGUACUUUUUUUUUCUGUUUAUGUCAUUUGUCAUUUGUCUUCCCCCGAACUUCCCUCCUCUUCCC